GCAUAAACAAACGAGCAAUCUUGCGCCCACUAUACUGGCCUGCAUCGAGAGCUAUUCGGGUGGCGCUCGGCCUUUGUCGUUUGAAAAAUGGAUGCUGCGACAAUUUGACAUUGACGAAAUUGUGGAUAAGUGUACCACUGGGGACAUGUUGCCGCCACUCGCGGUAGUGUCCACUCCGCACACCGUGUGACUCGUAGCACUCCGACGGCCGAUCCCUCGACCAUUGCAACGUUUGCCAUGUCUUGGAGAGACGUACUCGACUGGGAAAACUACUCGCUGCCGCUUGUGCUCCGCGUGGCCCAAGCCGUGUUUGCGUUUAUUGCGUUUCUGACGACGACGGCGUUGACCGGCGCAUUUGCAGGUGUCUUGGCGCUUCUCGUGAGCCUCGUCGUGUCGUUGUAUGGGGCGGCAUACUUUGCGGCAGUCUCGAAAAUGAACAUGGUCAAGCCGCGGGCGGUCACGAAACUCGCAGCAGAGGCAAUCGUGUUGGCGGUGUUGUUGCUGUCGCUGGUGCUCGUGGCGUCGAGCUCGUCGGCGUUUGCCAUCAGCCCGAGUGCCGCGAAUGCGUGCUGCGUCUUCUUGGGCUUUGGACUCGUCGCGCAAGUUGUGCUUGUCAAGAUCACGUACACAGAUGACUACUUGUACGAAAAGAGCAUGGCAACCGAGGACGGCUUCUCGACCCCCGCCGUUGACGUAUAGCCUCUCCAAGAACUUGACUUAUAUGCAUAAAUAUAUCCCCAAAACUUCUUCGCGA